UUGUCUCUUUUUAACAUGGCAAGUUGGACUGGCCUGCACCAACCUCCAUGGAGGACCGCGGUGUGUGUUCCACUCACGUACCACCUGGAAAUAAGGCGAGGCUCAGGGAAACAAGCCGUGAGAGCCACGUCCCUAGUGCUGAAGUUCUUGAAGCAAUAGAAAACGUUAUUCUAGAUGUACUUAAGAGCUUGGCCCAAAAUAGAGCACCUGUACUCACGGUGGCUAGACGAUCAGAUUGGAGAAACAUAGAAUUUAAAGAUUCUGUAGGACUACAGAUGAUACCACAUUAUACUACAAAACAAAUUAGAAGUGACUGCCCUACAUCAGCACCAAAAUUUGCUCUGAUGCUCAAAAUAUUAUCUAUGAUCUACAAGAUGGUGCAGAGCAAUACUUAUGCAACUAAAAGAGAUAUAUAUUAUUCAGAUACACUACUGUUUGGUAGCCAAAGCAUUGUGGACAACAUAAUCAAUGACAUUUCUUGCAUGCUUAGGAUACCUCGGAGAAGUCUACAUGUACUGUCUACAACUAUAGGUUUUGUUGCUGGUAAUUUAAGUUAUACCGAGGAAGAUGGUACAAAAGUGAAUUGUACCUGCAGUGCAACAGCAGUCACUGUGCCAUCUAAUGUUCAAGGAAUUAAAAAUUUAAUCUCACAUGCUAAAUUUAUGUUAAUUGUAGAAAAAGAUGCAACUUUUCAGAGACUCCUCGAUGAUGACUUCUGCAAUAAAUUGUCCCCAUGUAUAAUGAUUACGGGAAGAGGUGUACCAGAUCUUAACACACGACUUCUGGUCAGAAAGCUAUGGGAUUCUUUUCAGAUUCCUAUUUUCACCCUUAUGGAUGCAGAUCCACAUGGUGUAGAAAUAAUGUGCAUCUACAAAUACGGAUCUGUGUCCAUGUCUUUUGAGGCCCAUCAUCUCACCGUUCCAUCUAUAAAAUGGCUUGGUCUCCUUCCAUCUGAUCUCCAGAGAUUAAAUAUACACAAAGACGCCCUGAUUCCAUUUACAAAGCAAGAUCAAAAUAAGUUAGCAAGUAUACAGAAGAGACCUUACAUUGCUUGUCAGCCAACCUGGAAAAAAGAACUGGAAAUUAUGGAAGCAUCUAAACUGAAGGCUGAAAUUCAAGUUCUAACUUCUCUUUCAUCAGAUUACCUUUCCAGAGUCUAUUUACCAAACAAACUGCAAUUUGGUGGAUGGAUAUGAAUGCUUGUUUGCAAAUGACAUGUUUUUCCUGUAUUAUUUUGUUGACUGCUCUUAGAAAAAAUGUAGAGACAAAGAAAGAGGUAUGUGCCAGAUUCCUGCUAGGUUUCGUUAUCUGUGUAUUUAGAUUAUUAUUCCUUUUCCUCUUUUAAACCAUAAGAGAAAUUGUGAUUUACAGACUGCUGUUGCUUCUGUUCUGGGGCUUCUGCCGUGUACCAAUGUCAAAUGCAACAGUACAGAGAUAAAAAGAUGAUGAAAUAUGUUAUUUGUGGCCAUAAAAUGUUAAGUUUAAAAAAAACGUAUCAAGGAAUUGCUUUGCUUUGUGUCUUACAGUACAAUAUGAUGCUGUACCAACCUUUUCAUGAGAGUAAAAGACUGUUAACAAUUUAUUGCCUCCUUUUGUAAAUUAUUUUAAGUACAGGCUUGUGGUAUUUUGUGUUCGCUGUAAAUUCUGAUGGAAAAGUCAGAGAUAAUUCUUCAUUACUGCGUAUCUCAAGCAGCUAUAAAUGUUCCAGCAACCAAAUUAGUUUGUCUUCAAUGAACAAGUGAGCAAGCAGAUGUUGCUGAUUUAGAAUCUAAUAAACAAUCCUGUUAAUGAUGCACAUCGUAACAGAAU